ACAACAUGGCGGCGCCCACGGAACACGUUGAAGUCUCUUCCACGGAGGAAAACAACAAACCGGAACCAGCGGCUCCAGAACCAGACCGGGACUCGGACGAGGACUCGGACGGAGCCGAGCCGCCCGGGCCGAAGGUUCGGGACACGCCGGAGGACAUCCGGCUGGAGGCGGCCGCCAACACGGUGGCGCUGCACCCCACCCGGGACCUGCUAGUGUGCGGGGACGUGGACGGGGACGUGUACGCCUUCUCCUAUUCGUGCACGGAGGGAGAGAACCGGGAGCUGUGGUCGUCCGGACACCACCUGAAGUCCUGCCGCCAGGUGCGCUUCUCCGAGGACGGCCGGAAGCUGUUCAGCGUGUCCCGGGACAAGGCGGUCCACCUGCUGGACGUGGAGCGGGGACAGCUGGUGACACGGAUCCGGGGGGCCCACGGAGCCCCGAUCAACAGCCUGCUGCUGGUGGACGAGAACAUCGUGGCGACCGGAGACGACGGAGGAACCCUGAAGGUGUGGGACAUGAGGAAGGGGACGUCCAUCAUGGACCUGAAGCACCAUGAGGACUACAUCAGUGACAUCGCCGUGGACCAGGCCAAGAGGAUCCUCCUCACAGCCAGCGGUGACGGGACGAUGGGCGUCUUCAACAUCAAGCGGCGUCGCUUUGAGCUGCUGUCGGAGUACCAGAGUGGAGACCUGACCUCGGUGGCCAUCAUGAAGCGAGGGAAGAAGGUGGUCUGCGGCUCCAGCGAGGGAACCGUCUACAUCUUCAACUGGAACGGCUUCGGGGCCACCAGUGACCGCUUCGCCAUCAAAGCCGAGUCUGUGGACUGCAUCGUCACCGUCACCGACAGCAUCAUGGUGACCGCCUCCAUGGACGGAUACAUCCGCGCCAUCAACCUGCUUCCCAACCGGGUCAUCGGCUGCAUCGGCCAGCACGUCGGCGAACCCAUCGAGGAGCUGGCCAAGUCCAGAGACUCACGCUUCCUGGUCAGCUGUGGACACGACCAGCUGGUCAAGUUCUGGGACAUCUCCAGUUUACCCGACGCCAAAGUCCAGGAGUACCGCAAGAGGAAGAGGAAGGACGGCCGGAUGAAGUCGCUCACCAAGAAGGCGCUCGGAGACAACGACUUCUUCGCCGGACUGGUGGAGGAACCUGAGAAGAAGGAGGAGGAUGAGGAGGAAGACGAGGAGGAGGAAAGUGACAGCGACAGCGAUUAACACUUUGGUUCUUGUGACUUUAAAGACCUAAAAAAGUUGCUGCUGUUUGGUCAAAGGACCAUCGACGUCAACGUGGAGGUCACUGAAGGUACCAAACCUCCUGAAAGUGUCGGACAAGAAACAAACCACGACUGGAACCUUUGGAGUCAACAAUGAGGAGGAAUGUUCAGAAAUAUCCAUGAAUCCUGAUGGUUGAUGAGCUAAACUGCUGGGUAGCAUUCUGUGGAAGUCGGGAUGGUGUUGGACUUCUGCCAAAUGGUAGAAAAUGUUGUUUUUUUCUAAAGAACGUGAAUAUUUAGCAUAUAUUAACGCUAAAGGGCAGAAAUAAAGACAUUCUGGUGAUGUUUAUAACCUGUGAGCUCCAUUUAUUUGCUGAAAAUGUGCUUCUUGUGAAUUAAUUUCACUGAUUAAAAGCGUUUAUUUUUUUCCCAGUG